CUGGGCUCCAUGUCAGCUGGAGCAGGCAGCACCAACUUGCCAGAGCGCUGCACGUAGCAAGAGUGAUGACCUUAACGAAAGAGAGUUUCCACAGGGAUCUUCCACCACCUUCCGAGGUGGCCACGGCUGACAUGGACAGCACCACCGGGAAGGAGGAGGCUCUGCUGCAAUCAGUGAUGAAGGCUGGAGCAGUGGUGCCAAGGAAGCAAGCAGUGGGAAGGCUGGUCAUGCACAGCAUGGCGAUGUUUGGCCGGGAGUUCUGCUAUGCCGUGGAGGCCGCCUUUGUCACGCCAGUGCUGCUCAGCGUAGGGCUGCCCAGGAACCUCUACAGCCUGGUGUGGCUCAUCAGCCCUAUCCUGGGCUUCGUGCUGCAGCCCGUGGUAGGUUCAGCCAGUGAUCACUGCACCUGUCACUGGGGCAGGAGACGACCUUACAUUCUGGGUCUGGGCAUCAUCAUGCUGCUAGGCAUGGCUUUGUACCUCAAUGGGGACGUGAUGAUCUCAGCUUUCAUCGGUGAGAGAGACAAGCAGCGGACGUGGGCAAUAGUCAUUACCAUGCUGGGAGUAGUGCUUUUUGAUUUUGCAGCUGAUUUUAUUGAUGGCCCCAUCAAAGCGUAUUUAUUUGAUGUCUGCUGUCACCAGGAUAAAGAGAAGGGUCUGCAUUACCACGCCCUCUUUACAGGUUUGGGAGGAGCCUUAGGUUACCUGACAGGUGCUGUGGAUUGGGGUCAAACUGUACUAGGAUAUUCCUUGGCAUCAGAAUUCCAGGUGAUUUUCUUCUUCGCAGCCUUGGUUUUCCUAAUCUGCCUUAUCGUGCAUCUGUGCAGUAUUCCUGAAGUCCCACUUAGAUAUGAAAAUGAAGAGACAAAGUUCUUGUUGGAAGUAACUGAAUCCUAUAAAUAUAGCUCCAUAGAGGAGGAAAUCAAGAAUGGUUACUUAAAAUCAACAUGUACUGAAAUAAAGGCUGCAGCUAAACCAGGGAAAUGUGCUGUUACGUCAUGUACAGAGGAUCAAAGGCGGAUGACCCUUAAAUCACUCCUGAAGACACUUUUAAGUAUGCCAUCCCACUAUCGCUAUCUGUGUGUGAGCCACCUCUUUGGAUGGAUGGCUUUCCUGUCCAACAUGCUCUUCUUCACGGAUUUCAUGGGACAGGUUGUAUACCAGGGUAGUCCUUACGCACCUCAUAACUCCACACUUUACCUUACCUACAAAACAGGAGUAGAGAUGGGAUGCUGGGGGCUGUGCAUCAAUGCAAUUGCUUCGUCAGUCUAUUCUUACCUGCAGAAAAUCCUUCUGCCAUACAUAGGAUUAAAGGGACUUUAUUUCAUUGGAUACCUACUUUUUGGCUUGGGUACUGGACUAAUUGGCUUGUUUCCCAAUGUCUAUUCCACGCUGGCUCUGUGUUCCCUCUUUGGCGUCAUGUCCAGCACGCUGUACACAGUGCCGUUCCACCUCAUUGCAGAGUAUCACAGGGAAGAAGAGGUGAGUUCAAAAUUGAAGGAAGG